ACGAGAUACAGACGCGUUAACUCCUUCGAACUGAGUGUUGUGAUGUGAGUCAGACACUAUGAAUAUGUUUUCUAGAAACACAUUGGUCGCUUCGGUCGGUUUUGUUCUUGUGUUAUUUUCUGCAGCCGAAGAUGUGAAGGUGUUAAAGAAACACACUUACUACAACACCUCCCUAGAUGAAGUGGUUUUAAUGACAGUGAACCUUCAGGAAAUUGAGUUGGAAGCAUUUAAAGACAUCUCUGUAUAUUUCAUACAGAUUUAUGACAAUCCCUUGGAAAAACUGAGAAAGGGUAUUUUCGUCAACGUUUCAAUUCAUGAGAUGAUGUUCUUUGGUAACAACAUAACUACAAUCGAACCUGGUACUUUUCACGGCUUGCAUCCCUUGGAAGAGCGCGGAAUCCUGUUGUUGUCCUUGUCCAACAACAAACUGGGAAAUAUAAAAAAAGGGAUUUUCAACAAUACCAAGUUUAGGAAACUUGAUCUUUCCACUAACAGAAUCAAGUUUAUAGAGCCAGAUUCUUUCGACGGUAUGGUCGAUUUGUUUCAGUUGGACUUGAGCGUUAACUUUCUGGAGAAGAUUGACGUGGGAGUUUUCCAAAAUUUAGCAACCCCUACCGGGUGGGUGCAGUUGUCUCUUGCUAGAAAUAAGAUCAAAUUUAUCGAUCCUUACGCUUUUGAGAAUACAACGCUUUAUACUGUCGAUUUACAGAACAACCAGUUGGGAUCAUUGACUUCACACUACUUUAAAAGAACUAGCAUAGGUAAUUUUGAUGUAUAAAUCUAUAGAGUACAAUGCUAAUAGACUGAAAAAUGGUAGCCUCUUUUUCUUAUUUAAUCCAAGUAAAUGUAAACCAAACUAAAUACUUAUUUAUGUAGUAAUUGUUAUUUUUAAUAAAAAU